GAACAAGGUCGUGCAUGUGAAUGUGCAUCAACUCCGACCUUCUUGGUGCAUCAUCAAUACGUCUAGACUGAUCUAAUAGUCCCGCAAUCAUGGUCAUGGAAGAGCUACACGAAUGGACGGCCGACGCCAACAAGGCGUUGAGCGUGACUCUUGUAAGAUCGGCUCAGGAUGCUCUUUCGGUAAUCGACGAAGACCCAGAAGCAAGAGCUUUGCUCCCUUUCAACCCGGCAUUCACCUAUCCUAUCUUUGGCGAGAAGGAGAAGAUCUACGGUUACAAGGGAUUGCAAGUUGAGGUCAACAUGGUAUCAGGAAGCUUGAAGCAGUACCUCAACGUCACUUACGACGAAAAGCUCGAGAGCCAAGCGGACGAUAUCGAAGGGACGCUCUUCAAGUUCAUUCCUUCCGAUUACACAAAAUCAGCCGAGAUCUUUGCCGAUACCGUAGCGAAGGACGCCGAAUCGUUCGUCCCGCCGGGUACUCAAAUCGCUUCGUACCGUUCGGCAGAUGACGAAGAAGAUGACGUCGAAUACGGGGUCUGGCACUGUAAAUGGGACACACCGGGAUUCAGGGAGUUUCACCGAAGAGCGCAGUUGUUCGUCUUGCUUUACAUCGAGGGAGGAAGCUAUAUUCAGGAAGACGAAGAUCAGUGGGAAUUCCUAAUACUGUUCGAGAUCCGGCCACAUGAUACGGCACCUACCGGAGCUAGUUAUCAUUUCGCAGGUUAUGUCUCGGCUUACCCGUUCUGGUGUUACCCGGACAUGGUACGGAUGAGAUUGAGUCAAUUCGUCAUCCUGCCGCCCUUUCAAGGACAGGGACACGGAUCUCAACUGUACAAUACCCUCUACGACUACGCAUCAACGCUAGAGAAGGUCGCCGAGCUGACAGUAGAAGACCCGUCUGAAGCCUUUGAAGACCUGCGAGAUCGAUGCGACUUGGUCAGGCUGAAGGAGCAGUUGAAGGAUUCGAAGGAGAUGGCCAAGGGGGCGCCGGUGGAUAAGAAGUGGUUGGAAAAGAUCAGGACGGAGGGGAAAUAUGCCACGAGACAAUUCUUGCGUCUGAUCGAGAUGCUGCUCUUGGAACGACUAAAGACGAACCGGAGCCCGGAACGAUAUAAAGCGUAUCGUCUGCAGGUCAAGGAAAGGUUGUUCAGGUUCAACUACGAGAUUCUCGCUCAGAUCUCGCCCGACGAACGAAGAGAAAAGUUAGCAGAAACGUACAAGAACGUGGAAGAGGACUACAAACGGAUACUGAAUAGUCUCAGGCCGGUCGAGCAGGAUCUGUGGGAGUGGAUCGAGACGCCUCAGCAGGGUACUUAGCGAGUGCGGUCAGCAAUAAUAUACGCGAGCACACCCGGGGACGUCUCCGGGACAAUAUUGAUAUGACAUUUUUGAUAAUAUACAUUUGCCU